AUGGCCGACGAUGGAAUGCUCUUGAACUUUGCCAUCGGCGAAUCUGUCAUCAAGCCCGAGGCAAAGUUCAAAGGAGGAAGAUGGCGGGACCGCCUCACGGCCAAGAAGCGCUCGCAGCAUCAUCCCAACCCCAACGCAGACUUGAGCACACGGAGAGAGUCAAAGAACCCAAAUCACAUUCAAGUCCCAUCUACAAGACCUGCAAAGCGACAAAGAACUUCCGACUCCGAUGCGCACGGCGAAGACCGUCGGUCUCGACCCCAGCAACAUCCGCCGCAGAGAAAGAACCCCAAUGAAUUCGUCUCGUCACUUUUCACCAAGAACCCCGAAGCCCAAAACGCCCUUGAACCGAAGAAUGAUGAGCCUGUUGAGGAUGCGAAGCCGACGAACGCCCCCCUUAUCGAUGGAAUUGACACUUUUACGAACCUGGGCUUGUCGCCGAAUCUGGCUGCGCAUCUUCUCACGAAACUCGAGCUGAAGGCGCCUACGGCUAUUCAAAGGAGUUCGAUUUCACAGCUGCUGAAAGAGGAAAGCGAUGCGUUCAUUCAGGCUGAGACUGGUUCUGGAAAGACCCUGGCAUAUCUUCUGCCGCUCGUACAACGGAUUAUGGCUCUCUCGAAAGCGACAGAGGAGGCGGGUCUUCACCGUGACAGUGGAUUGUUUGCUAUUAUUCUUGCUCCAACCCGUGAACUGUGCAAGCAGAUCUCCGUCGUCUUGGAGAAUCUUCUCCGAUGCGCCAACUGGCUUGUCUGUGGAACCGUUAUCGGUGGAGAGAAGAAAAAGUCAGAGAAGGCACGGUUGAGGAAAGGAUUGAAUAUUCUUGUCGCCACCCCUGGACGUCUGGCCGAUCAUCUGGACAAUACGCAGGUGCUGGAUGUCAGUAAUGUACGAUGGUUGGUCUUGGAUGAAGGUGAUCGCUUGAUGGAACUUGGAUUUGAGGAGGAAUUGCAGGGUAUUGUCAGCAAGCUCGACGCGAGACAGCGUCCCAGUCGCAUUCCUGGUGUACCGACGCGGAGGACAACCGUCUUGUGUUCUGCUACGCUGAAGAUGAAUGUGCAACGGCUUGGAGAGAUCAGUUUGAAGGAUGCGGUGCACAUCAAGGCAGACCCAACGGAUGAGGAUGAGAACAAGAAUGGAAAGGACGAAGAUGAAGGCUUCCGCGUUCCCGCCCAGCUGAAGCAGUCCUACGCGAUUGUUCCGGCUAAAUUGCGUCUAGUCUCAUUGACCGCAUACUUGAAGAGAACAUUUAUUCGGAAGGGCUCUGUGAUGAAGGUUAUUGUUUUUGUUUCCUGUGCUGACGAGGUCGAUUUCCUCUACGAAGUGUUCUCAAAAAAGCACGGCCAAAGGAGAGAGGAUACUCCCGAAAAGGAAGAAGACGAGGAGAAGAAGAGCGACGAUGAAAAGAAAGACGACCGAGAGGCGCUCUCCCCGCACGGCACUAUCGCUCCUGGUACAGCCUUUUCCAACCCAUCGAACCCCGUUAUCCUACACCGACUCCACGGCUCCCUUCCUCAACAUGUCCGAACCGCCACCCUCAACUCCUUCUCCAAGAGCACCAAUGCUUCAGUCAUGAUCUGUACCGACGUAGCCUCCCGCGGUCUGGAUCUCCCCAACGUCGAUCUAGUCAUCGAGUAUGACCCUGCCUUCAGCUCCGAUGACCACACUCAUCGCAUCGGUCGUACCGCCCGUUUGGGCCGCGACGGUCGUGCCUGUAUUUUCCUCCAGCCCGGCUGUGAAGAGAACUAUGUCGACAUCCUCAAGCGCGGCUACCGCGACGGAGGCAAAGCACUCACGCGUACCGACGCCACCGAGAUCCUGAAACGCGGCUUCGGCAGCACCAAUGGCUCCAAGAGCAAAAAUUGGGAGGAAAAGACAACCGACUGGCAAAUGGAUGUGGAGCGCUGGGCUCUGGAGAACCCGAAGUAUCUCGAAAUGGCGCGUCGCGCGUUUCAGUCCCACAUUCGUGCGUACGCAACCCAUAUUGCCGCCGAGCGGAGCAUGUUCAACAUCAAGGACCUUCACCUUGGACAUCUUGCUAAGAGUUUCGCUCUGCGCGAUCGACCUGGCAAGAUCAAUGUUCCCGGUCUGCGCACUAGCCAGCAAGAGACGAAGAAGGACUUCAAGGCUGCACGUGGCGGCACAGGACAAAAGAGGAAGGCUGGUGCCUCUGAUGACGUUCCGGCUUCGAGCAAUGCUGACGAUGCGGCGCGGAGGAUGAGGGCCAAGAUGAGGGAGCACAUGGCCGGUGCGAACGAGUUCAACCUGGCUUAA